GGAAUGGUUAGUUUAAGUGAGGUGGACAUCAUUGAAACUCGUGCCCGUAAGCAACGGCCCAGAUUCUCUCUCCGCUCUCUUUAUCAUCUUCUCUCGUCUCCCCCUUUCAUGUCCAUUUCCAUUUCUCAAAUCUCUCUUCUGCGAAGAAAUCAGUGGAGAGAAAAGAGCAAAAAAGAGAAAAAAAAUCAUCCACAUAUACAAAAAAGCAUGUUGCUAGGUAAACGAAUACACCAUCCUAUCAAAAGGACGACAAGCAUGACGGGGAUCACGGUGGAUGUCGUUUCCAACGUGGACGGCAGUUUUGUUGUCCAAGAACCUAACAUAUCCGACUAUCCUCAAAACCACCCUUUCCAUGAACUCCCUAACGCCAACUCCGGUUAUGAUCAACGUUUGUUGUCCAUGGUGUCGCCUAGAAACCCCGGCGGCGGUGGUAGAAGAUCAGCUUUUACUAGUAACCAUGAUCUCGACGGCACCGCUCCCUUUCUACGCUCCUGUUGCCUCUGUAAACGCCGCCUAGCUCCUGGCCGUGACAUAUAUAUGUAUAGGGGGGAUACAGCUUUUUGUAGUCUAGAGUGCAGAGAACAGCAGAUGAAGCAAGACGAAAGAAGGGAAAAAUCCAACCUUUUACCUUCAAAGAAAAAAGAUCGCCAUGCAUACGCAUAUUCAUAGCUAAAACCGGCACUGGCAGCUUCCAACAUUCUAAAUCUGGAGAAGAAGAGGCAAAAAUAUUCCGAAGUAGCCCAUCCCAGAAUAAAAAAACAGUGAAACUGGAUCGUUUUUCGUCAUCGACUAAUCUGAGGAUCUGCUUCCCUCCAUUAUCGGAAACCCUCUCAUGUUUCACAGUAUUAUUAAAAGAUUGAUGACGACAACGAUGAUGAAAACAAUAUCGUGGGUGUGCUGUAUAUUAUAUUAUAUGAAAUAGAUAACAAA